GCCGCCGCCCCCCGCCUGGGCGUCCCCCGCCGCCCGCGCUCCGCGCCCGCCACCGCGCCCCGCGGGGCCGCUCCGCCGCCGGCUGCGGGCAGGGGGGCCCGGCCAGUGCCGCCGCCGCCUCCCCCCCCUCCGCGGGAUGCGGAACGGGGACCGCCGCCGCCGCCGCCCGCCGUGGAUUUCGGGGACCCACGGGAGGCGUUCCGCAGCAAGAGCAGCGCCGAGCUGCUGCGCGGGCUGCUGGUGCUGGGGCUGUGCGCCGUCGGGCCGCUGGUGGAGCACAACCGGGAGCUGCUGCAGCUGUGCCAGCGGGUGCUGGGGCAGGCGCUGUUCGAGCGGCUGAUGAAGAUGACCUUCUACGGGCAGUUCGUGGCGGGGGAGGACCAGGAGGCCAUCAAACCGCUCAUCCGGCGGAACCAGGCCUUCGGCGUGGGCGCCGUGCUGGACUACAGCGUGGAGGAGGACCUGAGCGCCGAGGAGGCCGAGCGCAAGGAGCUGGACUCCUGCACCUCUGCAGCCGAGAAGGAGAUGGGAGGAGCAGAACAAAGGGAGAAGCAAUACCGAGCCCAUCCGGGAUUUGGGGAUCGCCGCGGUGGGGUCAUCAGUGCCCGCACAUAUUUCUACGCCGACGAGGCCAAGUGCGACCAGCACAUGGAGACUUUCCUCCGCUGCAUCGAUGCCUCAGGUGGCAGCUCAGAGAACGGCUUCUCGGCCAUCAAGCUGACAGCGCUGGGCAGACCUCAGUUCCUGCUGCAGUUCUCAGAGGUGCUGGUGAAGUGGCGGAGGUUCUUCCACCAAAUGGCUGCGGAGCAGGGCCAGGCUGGGCGGGCAGCGCUGGAGAUGAAGCUGGAGGCGGAGAAGCUGCAGGAGGCCCUGGCAAACCUCGGCAUCGCGACCAAGGCGGAGAGCCAGCACUGGUUCACGGGCGAGAACCUGGGCAUGAGCGGCACUGUGGACCUGCUGGACUGGAACAGCCUGAUCGACAGCCGCACCAAGCUCUCCAAGCUGCUGCUUGUCCCCAACAUGCAGACUGGGCAGCUUGAGCCUCUGCUCUCACGCUUCACCGAGGAGGAGGAUCUGCAGAUGAAGCGGAUGCUGCAGCGGAUGGAUGUCCUUGCCAAGAGAGCCACGGAGAAGGGUGUGAGGCUGAUGGUGGAUGCGGAGCAGAGCUAUUUCCAGCCAGCCAUCAGCCGCCUCACCCUGGAGAUGCAGCGCCGCUUCAACAGGGAUCAGGCGAUCAUCUUCAACACCUACCAGUGCUACCUGAAGGAGGCUUACGACAACGUGACGGUGGACGUGGAGCUGUCGCGCCGGGAGGGCUGGUACUUUGGCACCAAGCUGGUCCGCGGCGCCUACAUGGAGCAGGAGCGGGAGAGGGCGGCCCAGAUUGGCUAUGAGGAUCCCAUCAACCCCACCUACGAGAAGACCAACGAGAUGUACCACAGGUGCCUGGACUAUAUCCUGGAGGAGAUCAGGCACAGCCGGAAAGCCAACGUGAUGGUGGCAUCUCACAAUGAGGACACGGUGAAGUUCACCCUGCGCAGGAUGAUGGAGCUUGGGAUCCAUCCCUCGGAGAAGAAGGUGUACUUCGGGCAGCUGCUGGGCAUGUGUGACCAGAUCACCUUCCCCCUGGGUCAGGCUGGCUUCCCCGUCUACAAGUACGUGCCCUACGGCCCGGUGAACGAGGUGCUGCCCUACCUGUCCCGGAGGGCCCAGGAGAACAGGGGCUUCAUGCAGAGGGCGACGGAGCGGGACCUUCUCUGGAGGGAGGUCAAGAGGCGGCUCUUUGCAGGCAGCCUCUUCAGCCCCAGCCACUAACCCCAACCGUGGCAUCCAGCCCGGGGGCUCCUGUGCCUUCACCUAUAACCACUAUUGCCGUUCCCCAUCCUAGUUCUG